AUGAAGACUGAUGGGAACAGAUCCGAUCUUAAAAUUCUGCUGUUGACUUGCACAAGUCUUAAGGAAGACAGUGCAGGUCCACCUGAACCAGACCCUGAUGUUACUUACUGCUACAGGUUACUAUAUUACCUCUGCAGGCCAAUCCCAAAUGCUGCAGCUUAUGGUCUCAUUCAGUGCAGAGCCUAUGUUUCCAAAGAAGACUGUCAAACUUGUGCACAGAAAGUAGUCUUGGAGGUCAUCGAUUGUGUCCCCAGUACGAAAGCCACAUCGGAGGAGGUAGUGGCACUGAGGUGGCGCCACUGUGUCCGAAACCGAGAGCCUCCACCGAUAGUUGCAGCCUUCCAGGAGGUGCUGGCACUGUUUGAGCUGCGGUGUUUUUAG